AUGAUUGCUUUAUUAUGCCUAACAGCUGCUAAACUUUACUUUAUUCGUCUCACUUUAAUCACGGAUUCAUGGAACCUAAUUUUUGUAUCCAGUUCGCCUCUUGUAGCCAAAGGUUUGGAUUUGCUUCUCAAAAUUCCAUUCUUUUCACUUUUGUUCAUACCGUGGCUGUUUCUCUAUCGACGUUCUUUGAUUACACAAAUAUCAUUGGAUUUAGAUUUUUUUGACCUUAAAAUUGCAUCAUACAAUUACCAUCAAAAUUUCCAGUUUUACCAUCUACUUACAUCCAUUUGUGCGACAAUUUGCUGCGUUGUUCCAUUUAUUAUUUUGAUUACGAUGCGUGGUUAUGAAUUUUGGAUGAACAACUUUGAGGUGAACACAUUUAUCGCGUACUCUUGGUCGGGUGGUUUACUCUUCUAUACUAUGUUCAAUCUAUUGCUCUAUUUCGUGCUAUCUCGUGUGAAAGACAUCAAUCAUAUUUUGAGAAGGAUGUUAAAUAUCGAAAACAUGGAUUCUACCAAAACAGAAACACUGCAAACGAUUCAAAUGUUAAGCAAAUUACAUGAUAAACUAUGCGACGUGACUAACAACCUUUCCACUUGUUUCGCAAUGCCGGUCGUUUUCAUUAUGGUUCAUAUUUGCAUAUCGCAGAUUUUAGCCACGUUUGCUUUUAUUAGGGUGUGUUUCUACCAUCAUGAUCCAGAUGAGUUUAAAGACUCGCUGUUUAUCUUGACCGGCACGGUUUGCUACUCUUUAUUAUCAAUAGUAAGCAUCGGUUUGGCAGGUGAAAUGAAAAAAUGUAGUGUUAUUACGUGGAAGCUAAUACACCGUAUGAUCAACAAAACCACCUCGGUUGAAGUCGAGGAUCGUCUUCAGCGUUUAUCGGAGCAGAUGGGCCAUCGUGUACCUCACAUCGAUUUUCGAUUCUUUGACGUUGAUUGGGCUUUGUUUGUUAAAGCAUGCAGCGAGUCGGCAACUUACUUAAUCAUAUUAAUACAAUUUGAUUCCAAAUAG